GGAUCCAUUUGCUUCCGGAGUAACUGAAAAAGAGGCUUUAGCUUAGUAACGACACAGUUAUUUGUGCCCUACCUAAACAAAGGGUUUUAAGCCGACGGAGAAAGAAAUGGAGUACAGAGACGAGUACAAGUUUCUUCAAAUAAGAGAUGCAAUUGCUUCCAUCAACCAGAAAGUCAGCCUCAUCGGCGCCAUUCUCGAGUUCGGUUUACCUAAAAAAACCAGAGGCACUGAUUGGUGCUGUACACUGAAAAUAAUUGAUGAAUCAUAUCCAAAACCUGGUUUAUCAGUUAAUGUUUUCGCGUCAAGUAUGGAAGAACUCCCUCGUAUUUCCUCUCUUGGAGAUAUAAUUCAGCUUUCUCGUGUUGUGAUGAAGAUCCAUCAUGGAGAAGUAAAUGCUGUUUUCAACAAGGCAUUCUCUUCUUUUGCUUUGUACGAGGGAAAAGACAAAGACGGUCCAAACUUUCUUCCUUAUCAGCAUUCCUUAAAAUAUCACCCUCCAAACUUUCUUCCUUAUCAGCAUUCCUUAAAAUAUCACCCUAGAGGCCGGGACUCAAAGUUCAUAGCAGGCUUGAGAAAAUGGUUUACUGAUCUCUGUCUCGAUGAAGGUCCAACUAGCUUUACGUUUUUAAGAGAGAUGAAAGAAGGAGAAAGAGCUCAUUUGCUUUGCAAGGUCCUUCAUGUAAGUGAGGUUUCUAAGCAAGUCUGGAUGGCCUUUGUUUGGGAUGGGACUGAUUGCCCACCAAUCAACAUUGACUCAAAAAUGGAAAAUGAAAUGGAUUGUCCACUGCCCUUGCAAAUGGAACCUGUACCUUUGCCAAGAGAUUUAUUAUGUAUGUUUCCAACCACAGGUUCAAUUUUACGGGUGAUUAUUGACAAAGGCAAUGACAAGCAUGUUCUCCACUUACUCAGUAUUGGUAAAUGGGUGAAAUUUCUCAGCAUACUCUGUGAGGUGCAUGUAGGAUUAUGGCGUGGUGUGUUGACGCCCUUAACAAAGCUACGUUACAUAUCCGAUGACAACUGUCUUGUUUUAGGGUGCCAGAGGUCUUAUAAUGAACGUUUGUCAUCGGAAUUGGGGCGCAUCCCAUAUUGGUGCUUUCCUUGGUGUUCGACACUUACAGAAGUUGAUUAUGACCAUGCUCCUUUUGUUUCGUUGAUGGAUGCUCUCGCUUGUUCAAAGGUAACAGCUAAAUUCAAGUGUGUAGUACGAGUAGUGGCGGCAUUUCCAUGGCAACCCGAGGAUUUCUGCGCUCAUCUUAAAACUUAUGGGAUUAGACUGACCUUAGAGGAUCCAACUGCCCGAAUUCAUGCUUUUUUAUUCGGUGAAGAUGGGGAGAAGUUUUUUGAUGGUUAUCCCUCCAUUGAUGUAUUGAGGGGGAAGCGAAACACAUUGCUUGGGGUGGCUGCAAAUGAGGAUGCUCCCAGAAGUCCACCAUGGAUACAGUGUUGCCUAAAAUCCUAUUACCUUGAUAGAAGUGAUCCUUGGGGAAGUAGGCACUUCAGAAUCUUUGGCACCAAGCAUGUUAAUUAAGCAUAUUGUGCAGUUUAGUUUUUUGAUAAGAAAAAGGACAUCUUACUAGAUGAUUGCUGAUUUUCAAGUAAUGUUCAUUUUCAUUUAAGAGAAAAAGUAAAUUUUUAUAAAAAUUAAAGCCUUUGUUUACUUCCUGGAAUGAAAUAGAAAUAAACAUGAUAACCAGUUA